UAGACGCCGCCAAGGCAAAAAGCCACGUAAGAACGGGAAGAACAACACACGAGCCAAAGCCAUUGAGGAACUCCGAAGCAAGAGGUUUGGACGACACAGCUGGAGACAGGCUGUCACCAACAAAGUCCCACUCACCUAUUCCCCAAAACUACGUUCUUCCUUUAUUUCUCCUCCUUCGUUCCCGUCUUUCAUUUUUCUCUCUCCGAAUCUUCAUUUCUACUUUCGCCACCAGUUUUUAGGGUUUCUUGAUCCUUUUCUUUGAUUCUCCGUUUCGUCUUCCUACCUCGACGGAUCAAGAUUCCUCUCUUUGAAAAAGCUUUUCCCUUUGCUAUCAGGUUUUUGGACAAAAUAAUUAAGUUUGAGCUAAAUCUUCAAGUUAGUGGCUGAAACAGCAGCCUUAAUUUGAAACUUGUUAGUUCUGAAUCAGUUAGUGCUUGACAUACAUGGAUCUUGUAGACGGGAAAGAAGAUACAUGAGUUUAUUUGAUAGUGCAGCUUAAUCAUCUUCUCCCAUAGUUAAUCUUAGCACUGUCCAGUAUUAAUUCAGUAAGAGCUUGUGGAUAUAAUUCUCAGAAGGCUGCUUGUACACAUUCAGAGGAUCCUUUGUAUCCAUGCUGGCAGAGAGUAUGCGUGGAAUCUGUGUUUUGGGUAAUGCCCCAGACGAGUUAUUCUGCCGAAGCAUUCGGUGUGUUGACAAUUUGUCUAGUUGCUCUGUUGGUUCUUCUUGGUUUGGUGUGCAUUGCAUACUUGUUUUACUUGCGUUCACGUGUUCUUAGACAAGGAUUUAUUCAGCUUAGUUAUUUCAAUGGGCCUUGGAUCAUCCGAAUCACGUUUAUUUUGUUCACCAUCUGGUGGGGUUUUGGUGAAAUUAUACGGUUAAAUUUUCUAAGACGACAAGGAAGAGUGUUGAAUGCACUCAAUUUGAAAUGGCAAGAAAACAUCUGCAAAUGUUACAUUGUGUCGAGUUUAGGUUUUGCAGAACCUUGCAUGUUCCUCACUCUCGUUUUUCUUCUUCGUGCUCCAUUACAGAAUAUAAACACAGGCAUUCUAAGCAGAAAAUGGAAUGGGAAAACGGCACGCUAUGUUAUUCUCUACUGCCUCCCUGUGUUUGUUCUUCAACUUAUUCUUAUUUUGAUUGCACCAAAGUUACACAAGGAUAGGAGAGAUUUACCGUCGUAUUUCACAAGAUCAGCUGCUCCAGUGAGGCAGAAUUCUGAUGACAUUGCUCUUUGCACUUACCCUUUACUGAAUACUAUUCUUCUAGGGCUUUUUGCCACCAUCUUGACUGCCUACUUGUUUUGGCUUGGAAGGCAGAUUUUGGAAUUGGUUAUCAAUAAGGGUUUGCUGAAGAGAGUUUACACAUUAAUUUUCUCGGUUUUGAGUUUACUUCAAAUAAGGGUUGCUUUACUUGGUUUAUCUGUUUUAUCUAAACCAGAAGAAUUUCUGUUUGAAGCUCUUGCCUUCUCUGCUUUUAUUGUUCAACUAUGUUGUGCUGGGGUCUGCAUUUGCAUACUUGCAUAUUACCCGGUUAAGGAUUGUCUUGCCCUGGGGAAUCUUCACGACUUGGAGGCUACUAGGAGAAGGGGUUUUCUUGAUGGUCAAAAUGAUACGGUUUCUCUUAUUGCUGAUCCGAGCCGUCUUGAAGGAAGUGCCGAUGCCUCCUCUGUGCGUGGAUCAAUUUCUUUUCGGAUGUAUGAAAAUGAUGGAGCCUCGGCACUGACAUUCGUGGAGCUGAGCUGCUUCUCUAGCUGAGAAUGUAACCCCACCUCGGACUAAUGGGAGCAACCUUCAACACAUGUUCGUGGACGACAAAAAAGUAAACUGAGGAGGUGUGAUGAAUAUCAAUUUUGUGGUUAAGAAAUCUGAUUGUAAAGGGUUUAGCUUCAAUAAGGAUUCUUAAUUCUUGGUUUGUUUUUCUAAUUUUAGAUAUGAUCGUUUUUGCUCGAUGCAAUCUAUAAUCCGAUUCCCCUUUUUUGUAA